AUGAUAGAACUGUCUCCAGGGAAAUCUGUGUACACUUAUGAAAGCCAUUUAACAAAGGCCAAUGCAAAGAAAACAGCAACAGGAACAGCCUGUUUCUUACUGGGCUGUUUUUACACUGAGGAUGAGCUGGUGGGGCGAAGCCUUGGUGGCAAGAAUGGCAAACAGGCUGUUGAUACGGGCAUUCUUGAUAGUAUAUUGAGUAAGUAGUGUUGAUUAAAUUUUGAGGCAUUGAUAGUGUUUAUACUGUGUUGUGCCUGGUGCAUCUAUUACAGUGGAACCCCGUUAAUACGGACACGAAAGAGACAAACCAAAGUGCUGGUAUUAAGCAAGCUACUUUAAGAGAAAAUAUAAUUUAUAUAACCAAUGUAGUUGUCAGGACAAAGAAAACUAUCCACUAAGUCAGUAUUAAACGGGUGUCUGUAGCCGAACACACAGGGAUCAGGUUUGACUUGUAUGUACACUCUUAAUGUAAUUUUUGCUAUUGCAUGUCUAAAUGCUACGUCCUUCCUGUUUAUUCUUUGUAGGUUUCACAAGAAAGAAGUUCCCGAGCACUAUUUCAGACAGUGGUGUCAAGAUAUCCCUAGGGAACAAGAUAACCUGUAUUGAAGUUAAGCUAAGAAAAAGGAAUGUGCACGUUGUGAGUUAA